UUAAUCUUCCGCGUCCCAAAGAUCGAGUUGAGACACAUUGAAAAAGAUCAAUACUCUUCUUUUAUAACAAAAUGGAGGUGUCUGGGCAGAUAACUGUAGACACAAAGCAGAUCCCUCAAUUAUUCUGUUUUCCAUGCGACCAAGAUGGACGGACGGAGCCGGCUUAUGGCUAUUGUCAAGACUGCCAGGAGCACCUCUGCAAAACUUGCUUUGAACAUCAUACAAGGCCAAAGCCAGCUAGGAAUCACAUACUGCUUGACAAAAACGAAAUGCCACUUCAGCCAAUUACCGUUGACAUUAACUUGGAUACAACGGACAACUGUACUAAACAUACGAAUAAACCUCUGGAGUUCUAUUGUAACAAUCACGAUGCUGUAACAUGUUACGUGUGUGUUACACUUAAACAUAAACAAUGUAGAGUGGACUAUAUUCCUGAUGUUUCAGGAAAUUUGUCGGAGGAGUUGAAAAAUUUGACUACAAAGAUGGAAAUGAUGGUCAAAGAGUAUGAAUCAAGAAUCAGACGGGCUGAAGCUUCGACGAAACAACUUGAUCAAAGUCAUGGAAAAGUCGUUGAAGAAAUAAAGCUUUUCAGGAAAGAAAUAAACGCAUAUUUGGAUCAGAUGGAGUCUAUAAUAGUAAAGGAAGCCGAUAAUCUUACUACCGCAGCAAAGCUAAAACUCAAGAAUGUCAAAGUUGUCUGCGGAGAGAUAGUUGAGGAAGUGAAGCGUUCACAAUCAGUUUUAAAUACUGGCAAGUGUAUAAAAAUGGACUGGCAAGGUACGGUCGUACAAACAUACGAGGAUUGCAUACUAGGAUUUCCAAAUGGGAAUACAAGAGUUAGAAGAUGGAACACUGCUAGUGUGCUACAGUAA